AUGGUCGCUCGUCUCUCCACCGCCCUCACGGUCGCCUCCAUCGCACUCCUUGCUGUCGCCACCCCCAACGGCAAGCGCUGGGGCACUACCACGGCCAGCAAGCCCCAAUCCACUCCGGCGAAGACCGUUACGGUCACUAAGACCGCACCGGCGUCGGGACCCACCGAACCCGCCAGCUCGUGCUCUACUGGCCCCAUCCAGUGCUGCAACUCCGUUCAGAGCGCCAGCUCCCCUGCCGGUAGCCUGCUCCUGGGCCUCCUCGGGGUUGUCGUGCAGGGUGUGGACGUCCUCCUCGGUCUUGACUGCUCGCCGAUCAGCGUCAUCGGCGUCGGCGGCGGCGAAUGCAACGCCAAUGCCGUGUGCUGCCAGAACAACGCUGUCGGCGGCCUGAUCUCCAUCGGCUGUGUCCCGGUCAUCCUCUAA